AUGUUCCAGCUGCCCAUCCUGAACUUCAGCCCCCAGCAGGUAGCCGGGGUCUGCGAGACCCUGGAGGAGAGCGGCGACGUGGAGCGGCUGGGCCGCUUCCUCUGGUCGCUGCCCGUGGCGCCCGCGGCCUGCGAGGCCCUGAACAAGAACGAGUCGGUGCUGCGCUCCCGGGCCAUCGUGGCCUUCCACGGCGGCAACUACCGGGAGCUCUACCACAUCCUGGAGAGCCACAAGUUCACCAAGGAGUCGCACGCCAAGCUGCAGGCGCUGUGGCUGGAGGCGCACUACCAGGAGGCCGAGAAGCUGCGGGGCCGGCCGCUGGGGCCCGUGGACAAGUACCGCGUGCGGAAGAAGUUCCCGCUGCCCCGCACCAUCUGGGACGGCGAGCAGAAGACGCACUGCUUCAAGGAGCGCACGCGGCACUUGCUGCGGGAGUGGUACUUGCAGGACCCCUACCCCAACCCCAGCAAAAAGAGAGAACUGGCGCAGGCCACGGGACUCACCCCCACGCAGGUGGGCAACUGGUUCAAAAACCGCAGGCAGAGGGACAGGGCAGCGGCCGCCAAAAACAGGCUCCAGCAGCAGGUCCUGUCUCAGGGCUCGCAGGUGCGUUCGCUGCCGGCCGAGGAGGAGGUCUCCGGGGAGCCGCUGGGCCCCGCAGCCAGCCCCGCAGCCAGCCCCGCCAGCAAAGCCGCCACCUCGGCCAUUUCCAUCACAUCCAGCGACAGCGAGUGUGACAUCUGA